AUGGUUGUGUUGGAGCAUGAAAGUGCUUUUGUACGCGUGAAUUUCACUGAGCCAAGCUACACGUUUUACGUAUGGAUGGAGUUGGAGGGUCUUGGCCCUGAAACGGAGUUUAGGACGCCUGACCUGUCAAGUAAUAACACCCCCGAGGAGAUCGCUGAGUUGGUUGCUGGAGCUGUGCCCAAUGCUAGUGAAUAUAAUCUGGCUGUGGACGUGCGCAAGUUCGACAACUCGGAGCUGAUUGCCUGGAUAAAUAUGCUCAACGAGUGGAUGGCCAACUACUACAAGUCGGGAGGAUCCGAGUCUGAGGCAUCCGCCGCCUGGGCAGCGUAUUCUUCGUCAGCGGAUGGCGGCAGCUCUUUUCAGUUCCCACCCGCUGGUGAAGCUUCAGGAACCGUGCAGAUCUCGUUCCGCAAUGUCAGCGUCGUGCCAAGUAUUAUUGAAGUUAUUGCGAUUAGUGACGAGUCUAUGGAUGGCGAUGGCAAGUCCAAGAUUUCCUAUGAUUAUCGUGGAAGUGAGCUUCGCUUCCAGCUUUCUCCACUGAACUUGACCAAGUUCGAGUAUGUGCCUCCUCCGCCGUAUGUGAACCUGACCUGGGACGAAAAUAUCCCUGACUGCCCCGAUCUCUACUGGAACGGAAGCUCAAUCUGGAACGGCUCUGACAUUUGGAGUAUCUGCAGCGAGUGUGAAGAUGCAUUCGCUGCCUGCGACAGUAGCAUCUCCUGCAGCAUUGGUGUGCGAGGUUUCUUGGAAGGGGCUCUGUCACCGAGCCGUUUUAACGCGUACGAAAUGUCGACUGAGAUGGACAAUUACAAUCGUCGGCCGUGGGGUGCUAUGACCUACUCAUGA